AUGGAAACCGAAAAGACUGGACGGAGCGAAAGUUCAUCAGAAAAUUCGUCGAGCGGUUUGUUGACUGAUUUCGACAAUGAUAUCAGAUCUACUGGCCAAUCUACACCAGCAGCUGCAAAGCCAAGUACGAGUUCCGCUCCGAAACGGCAAAUCAGAAGAAAACGAAAACGGAUAUCCUUUCCCAAUGACAACGAAGAAGGGUUUGAUCAAAAUUUCGAGGAAACCAUAAAAACUGCCGCAGAUAAGAAUAACUUAACUCCGAUGUGCGUUAAAAAAUUGCUAAAGAAAAUAGUCGUCAACGAUCAUGUAUUUGCAAUGGUUCGAUUGAAAGAGGAAGAAGAAGCCACGAAAUUAAGGACGGGCGUGGGGAAAAACCAGCAAAAUGAUGGUAACGAAGACGACGAUGAAAAGGAACAACCUGAACCAAAAUUAACACGUCUAAAGGCAAAACAGCUAAAACAAAUGCCCAUUCGGAUAGCGUCCUUAAAUGAACCAACUCCAGACGAAGAAGUAGCAGCAUUGAUUCAUCAAGAAUUAAGCUCAGACGAUGACGACGAAGAAUACAAACCGGCAGAAGACGAAACUGGGUCUGAUGAGGAUGCAAAUACCACUGUAUCGGAUGUCGAUUCACAGCCCAGAACACCGGUGGCAACGGCCGUAUCUAUUGAUCAAGAUCAUGAGUCCGAGGUGCAGUACACCAAAGAUGGACUCUUCAAGAUACCAAGACCACGAAAUGAUAGCCUUUGUUCACAAUCUGAACAAGAGCAGGAGCAGGAAAACAUUGCGCUGCGAACAAGGUCGAAAUUGUGUCUCUCGACGACAGCAAUCGAAACAUUAGAGUCUACAUUCAUACCACCUGAUAUUACGAACGAUAUGUACGAAUAUGACGGAGAAAUGGAUCAAGCAUGGAAAGAUUUUUUGGAAGAGUUCACGAAACCGCUACCUAACAAUCUAGAAGAUGAUGAUGAUAAUGACCCGGAAUAUGUUGCGACUGAAGGAAUACCGCUUGAUCCCGAGGAAAUGCGGGCAGUGAAAGUGUCCAAAAAAGAGCUUAAUGAGUUGGUUAUGGAGUUAAUGGAAAUGGGUGGAACCGAUGACCAAAUGCUAGAACAAACUUUGACCGAAACUAUCAAUGAAUCUCUAAGCUGUCAAUUAGAUGAUCGUUCUGAAAUGUUAAGCACCCCGGUACCGGAUGUACAGGAAAUAGAUUGCCGUAAUAGCGCAAUGCAAUGCACAAUUGUGGAAACUGAUUCUUCCAUGAAUUCCGAGCAAUUUCCAUCCGUAUCAAUGUUAUCUACGGGAUCGUCAGCUAACGAGGCAAUUCAAACAACGCAACAAAUGGACAGUACGCAGAGUAACUUAAGCUCGACAACCAUGUGCACCUCUGCAUACAUGCCAUCUCAAGCAGAUCAGAAUAUGCCGAUGGUAUCAUACAAUGUAACUACCGCUAUGAAUUCUGCUCCAAAUUCUUCGGAUGUCAGUAUACCAAUGGGUUCAGGUGUAAUGAACCGCGACAAUGUUGAUCAAACGUUUUUGUCGGAUGGUUCGCCUAAGCCUGAAUUUUUCGUAAAAUGCUCCCACUUGGAGGAAGUGACGUUAGAGGAUGAUUCACUACCGUGCACAAUGGUUUACAGUGAUAACCAUCACACGAGAUACCGAGUCCAGUCUUCAACCGUUCCCAUUGAAGUGAACAUAUCAGACAAGGAAUUAGGAAUGAAUGAUAUUCAAUUUCAACUAUUGCAUCAACAGCUGCGUAUGCAUGUUCAGUUGACCACGCAACACUUUCUUCAAUCGUAUGAACACCCUAUAUUCAAAGAUAUAGCUUCAACAAGUAACAAUAUGCUUACAGAACUCGAGGAUAUUGGAAAGACGAAACCAAAUGUUGUUCCCUGGAAUUUACCAUUCGCAGUAGAGUGCUGCCAAAGAUGGAAGAAGAAAAUGGCCGAGAAAAGAGGUGAUACGAAGUCGUUGAAGAAAUAUUGGAAUGACGAAAUAGCGCGUGAGGAGAAUUUUAAAGAUCGUCGGCACGUUUAUCGUAGCGAGUUGCAUUGGCUGGUUAAAGAAACAAUCUUAAACAGCAAAGCAUUUAUAUAUCCGGCCUUAAUACCUUGGAAAGCUUAUCGCUGUUUCAUGAUGGGACAUGUGAUGAACAAUUUCAACUCCGAAAGACACCUGUUUGCGGUUUGGCUCGAACGAGGAUUCAAUGAGUUGAAGAAAUUACAAACUACAAAAGGUAAGCCCUCUAUGGCUCGUGUUUGUGCAUAUGUGGCCAAACAUUUGUGUCCGACGCGCAAUAUGAAUGGGUUAAAAAAUAUGCUGUACAAACAUAAACCAGUGCCUGGAAAAACGUUUGAUCCUUUAGGGUAUUUCAUUCAAAACGGUUAUGCACCACCAUUUAAGCAUGUGCUGGAAGUGUUUGAUCCUGCCAAGGUAAUACUACUGUCACAGUAUCACAAAGGCACGCUCCAUCACAAUUGGGAAAGUGAUAUAUUUACCAAAAGAAAGGGUCGCCACACGAGACAACGGAUAACAUCACCCAAAAAGUUGGUGCCGGUUCCAAAUGAAUCACCUCAAACAUCUCAGUCACUUCUAGCUCCUGUGUCCGAAAUAACACCCAAUAAUUCGGACGUGCUUAUCAAAGUAACUGUUUUACUUCCGGCGGAAACUGUACAGACCACAAACAGCAGAAAUGACAAUAUUUCUUUAAAAAUCAGUGAAAGUUCCGCGAUAAACCCAGUGAACAACGAUACAACGGUUGCGGAAGUGGUCGCUAUACCCUAUAACAAUUUUGUGUUGAACAAUGUGGAUGAUGAUUUAAUUAGAAACACAAACAAUAACAUUCGUGUAGAAAAUGUAGUGGUCCAGGAAGUGAUAAAUGUGGAAACGUACGAAGCCACCUACAAUCUAGGUAGCGGGGAAAAUCAAGAAAAAUCUGUGUCUGUGAUAACGGAGUGUGAAAGUGAUGGCAAAGGGGCUGAAAGCAAAUCAAUCGAAGCCAGUUGCCACCGUAGUCAUGCCGCGGAUGCUGUUGCUAAGGAGUGUACAUCUUUGGCGGGUAAAGUUGUUGGAAAACCUACUAAUCGGCAUGUAAAUUACUCUCGGUCAGCCGCAGGCGCUACAUUGUACUCGGUCAUGAAAAGGUACCUACAAGCGCUAAAGAAGGAAAGUUAUCAAGAGUGUGUGGCUGCUUUGAGUUCAAGAGCGAAUCAUCAGAUUUUUCGAGUGUAUGCCCACAUUAAACAAUUACAAGUCUAUGCUCAAUUUCUAGAUGAACUGCGAACAAUGAGUGAAAAUUGUGCCACAUAUCGAUACAGACCUCUGCCACAAUGCUACUUUCGGCAGACGCAGCAGGGUUUAUUACGGUUGUCAUGCAACCAUCGUGCUGAUGGCAGUUUUGUCAUAAAUGCAGAAUAUAUUACGGAUCAAUUCGACGAUUAUCAGAGCAUGGAAGACAAGGAUGCCAUUUACGCCUUUAAUUACUACGAGAAAGUAGAGGAAACGCUGCUCGCUUCUGGUCGGGUCGAUCUUCUGGAGCGCUUCGAACAAAUUCUGAGAAAUUUCGAUGAGAUCGAAGAUCGUGUAUCUUCGCUAUACUAUCAGAUUGAAGAUUUGUUGGGUGAAAGCUACCCACAAUUGGUUGACGCGUUUUUAACAUUUCUUUUGCCGGGCCAGGCUGCCCAGAUAGGCAAGUUUCUCGAGCAUUUCAUACUGACAAACAUGGGAGACUUUCUGGAAAAGCUGAACGUGUUUUUCGCCAAGCAGCCAUCGCAGAUAAAGAAAAUACAUGCGUGCCUAAAUGAACUAUCGAACGAACCGGAUGUUACCAUGGAGCAGGUGAAAAUGAAGGUGUUACCGCUGCUAAAGGGUAGUACGCUACUUACCGAAUGGUUUUUGCAGCUAUUUCCAGGCGAACGGCCACCGGAGUCACCAAUCAGCGAUUAUGAGCAUAUAGCAAUGAGAAAGUAUCCAAUGAAUGAUAGCUGCGAUGCCGUGUCGGUUUAUGAGCAUAUUUCUUACACCGAAACGCUUCCGGAUGGACCAGAAAAUCCUUGCGCAUCUAACGGGAUACGGUACAUACAGGGAAGAAUUUUCCAAGGAGCAUUACCUGCCCGGCUGACCUUCGUUGCGAAUAGUUGUGUGACAAGAGCGGUCAAUCAGACUACUGAAGAUGCAGCAACUAACGGUGACAAUUUGUGCGAUGAUUCAACAUUGAUGGCACAUGCCAUUCGUCUGAAUCCGCUGGUGCACUGCCCGAAAGGUAUAACGUAUGCCGAUGUGGCACACGUGCUGGAAGAGCCUAAUGGAGAACCAGAAAUUGGAUCGUCUCCUGAAACUUCAACUUCAAGCACACAUGUGGAGGACGUGGAUACCGGCAAAACCGGAUCCAAAAAGCUAACACCAAAACUACCAUUAAAAAAACGUUUCAAUUCGCCUGUAUCGCGCAAGGCGGGAAUUUCGCCUGGCGAUGAAAAAAUAUCGCCAGGAGGAAGUAGCAAAGAGGCAACCACACCGAAAAAGCAAACAAACGCUGCUUCGGUAACAAUUCCUUCAGAUUCCAAAGCGUUAAUAGCGGCUAGAAAAAUGAGAACGCUUUUAGAUACACCACAAACCAGCUCUCAGGAAGAGCAACAACUAGACGAUCCUUGCUUAAUUGAACAGCAAUCUAAUACGAAGGAAAUGUUGGAAGCUCCGGAACAAUCAUCACCGACGACAGAACCGAUUAAUAGCAGUGCAAAUGUCGAAAUGCAAGAGGAGCCCAAAGUAUCGAAAGAAAUCAAACGAACAGAAGAAGUUCCCAGCUGGACGCGAGAGGAAGAUAAAAUCAUUCUGCAGGAUAUAGUAAAAGGAUUCUCUUCGGUAGAUACGUUCUUAAAGCAGAUUGGACAAAAAAUACCGGACAGAUCUAGUGAGCAGAUAAGAGACAGGUUCGAAUUUUUGCACCGAAUGUUACGACAGGUCAAUCAAAGGUGA